AUGAGUAAUGAAUAUUCUGUUAUUCCACUAGAGUCUAAUCCUGAAGUUUUUACAAAUUUUGCAAGAAAGUUGGGGCUAAAUCAACAAUAUGUAUUUACCGAUAUAUAUUCCUUAACAGAUCCGGAUCUUAUUGGGUUUAUUCCAACUCCAGUCAAGGCUAUUAUUUUGCUAUUCCCAAUAACUGCAGCUACAGAAUUGGAUAAAAAUACAAACAAUGCAGAUGUUUCUAAAAAGCCACCAAUAUGGUUCAAACAAACGGUUAGAAAUGCAUGUGGCCUGUAUGCAAUACUACAUUCAUUAAGUAAUAACAAGGAUUUAUUAAAAGAGGACUGUGAACUUGAAAAGUAUUUGGAGACACAUAUCAAAGAAUAUAAUAAAUAUGAAGAUAAAAUUACAAGUGAUUUUGUAGUGAACAUCAGUAACAAAAAUACAGAAUAUUUUGCGGAAGGACAAACCAGUGCUCCAUCAGCUGAAGGAAAUGUUGAUUUGCAUUACAUAACCUUCAUUGAGAAAGAUAAUGAUAUAUAUGAAUUGGACGGUAGAAGACUAGAUGGUUCAAAAUAUCUAGGGAAAAAAUCUGAUUUGAAUUCGAGUAAUUUAUUAGGGGAAUCUAUUGUUGCUAAUAGAGUUCAAUGGUAUAUGGAUAGCGCAGAUGUAGAUAAAAAAUUACAUUUCUCAUUAUUGGGUUUAGUUCCAUCUUGGGAUUAA